AUGGCCACAACCGCAGUAGGUGCAGCAUUUCUUCUGCUGCUACUUCUCCCCUUCUGCAUCUCUAUCUCCCAACCGAUCUCCGAUUCUCACCGAUCCGCCGCUUCUAACAUCUUCAAUGAAAUCUCCCCGAGUUUAGAAGAUGCGUAUGAGGCACUGAGAGUUUUUGAGAUUCUUAAAAUUGAGAAGAAGCCGAUUGUUACCAAAGACACCUGUAAAAAAGUGUUGGAAGAUCUUGGCUCAUCUUCUUCACCUCUUAAGGAUGUGUUCUAUGCAUUGAAAGUUAAUGGCAUAUUAAAAUGCAAAGUUGAUGGUGCGGUUUUCAAGGAUAUUGCCUCGAGACUUAAAGCCACUGUCCAUGACGCAAGUACUUUGCUUGACAUAUACUACUCAGUAGGAAGUUUGGCUCUUAUAAAGGAUCAGGCUUCAAAUGUUGAUGUUCUUCUAACUGAUGCUAAUGGUGUUUUUCAUUCAAUUAAGACUCUAAGCCAAAGUGAUGGAAGAUGGCGCUACAGCUCUGAUAAUCCAGAUUCUAGUACCUAUGCUGCUGGAUUAGCUCUUGAAGCUCUUGGUGGAGUGAUUUCACUUGCAUCUUCUGAAAUCGAUCAGAGUAAGGUCAGUAUAGUAAAAAAUGGUAUAGUGAAGCUAUUUGACAGCAUCGAGAAAUAUGAUGAUGGAGCAUUUUAUUUUGAUGAGAAAUCUGUUAGAGGAUCUGAGCAUCAAGGUUCUCUUUCCACAACUUCUUCGGUUGUUCGAGGGGUUGCUGCAUUUGCUGCAGUAACUUCUGGGAAAAUAAAUCUUCCAGGAGAUAUAAUUCUGGGUUUAGCUAAGUUUUUCCUCGGCAUUGGAGUCCCAGGAGAUGCCAAGGACUUCUUCAACCAAGUUGAAUCAUUAUCCUUUUUCGAGAGCAACAGAAUUUCCAUUCCAUUGAUAUUGUCACUUCCUGAAACAGUCCAUUCAUUGACCAAGAAAAGCCAGCUUAAGGUCAAGGUCAAUACAGUUCUUGGUUCAGAUGCACCACCUCUGACAGUUAAGCUUGCCCGGGCUUUUAGCACUGGUGCAAAAAAUUCAGCUAUUAUUGAAAGCAAGGAGCUUCAGUAUGACCAAAAAAGUGGAUUUCAUUUCUUGGAUACCCUCCCAGAAAAUGUUGAUGUGGGAACAUAUGUUUUUGUUUUGGAGAUUGUUCUACAUGAUUCUGAAAGUGGCAAAGUUUAUGCUACUGGAGGCCAAAUUCACGUGCCAAUAUAUGUUACCGGCGUUGUUAAAGUUGGCAGUGCAGAAAUUGCAGUUCUGGACAGUGAUCUUGGAAAUAUUGAAACCCAUAAGACGCUAGAUUUGGCUGGAAAUGAUAUUUCUUCACUCUCGGCUAACCACCUUCAGAAGUUGAGGCUUUCUUUCCAAUUGGAAACUCCUUAUGGUCGUGUUUUCAAGCCUCAUCAGGCAAUUUUAAAGUUGAAACAUGAAUCUAAGAUUGAACACAUUUUUUUGGUUGGAAAUACUGGCAAGAAGUUUGAGAUCACAUUUGAUUUUCUUAGCUUGGUGGAAAAACUUUUUUAUCUCUCUGGCAAGUAUGACAUUGAGCUGACUGUUGGUGAUGCUGUCAUGGAGAACUCUUUCUCACGACUACUGGGUCAUGUUGAAUUAGAUCUUCCAGAAGCUCCCGAGAAAGCAGCACGUCCUCCUGCACCACCUGUUGAUCCUUACUCAAGAUAUGGGCCCAAAGCAGAGAUUAAUCACAUAUUCAGGGCUCCUGAAAAGCGACCACCCCAGAAACUUUCUCUCGUAUUUUUGGGUUUGAUCCUUUUGCCAUUCAUCGGCUUUUUGGUUGGGCUGUUACGUUUGGGGGUGAACCUGAAGAAUUUCCCUGGUUCAACAUUACCUGCUACAUUUGCCACCCUUUUCCAUAUUGGUCUUGCUGCAGUUCUGUUGCUUUAUGUGCUUUUCUGGUUGAAGCUGGACCUAUUUACAACACUCAAAACACUUGGCCUUUUGGGAGCUUUUACGAUGUUCUUCGGACACAGGAUUCUUUCCUAUCUUGCAUUAACAUCGUCCAAGUUGAAAUCUGCAUGA